AUGGGAGGCUGUGUGACGUCUAUGAUGGAGCGGCAGAACGAGCGGAGUCUUGUUGACUUUAGCGAAUACCAGGAAUAUAUGAGGCUUGGGAAGCAAUCGGAGCCCGUUCCAGGGACAGAGAAGAACAACGCCUCCGCCAUUUACCGCGUGGUUGGCAUGUCAGAUGAGGAACACAAAAAAAUCGUUCAGAGUUACUAUCUUUCAGAAACGCCAACCCAGAAUGUGUUUAAAAUGUGCAAGGAACUCAAAAAUAAUACGGCCAUGACAUACCGUGUCGUAGAAAAUAUUGAGCGCAUUACUUCAACCGAUCAUACUGGCAAAGAGAAGACGAUGGAAGUGUGCGUGUUUGAACCAGAACGUCGUAACAUAACCUAUUCGCAAUUGUGGACAAACAUAGAGAAACUGGGAAAGGGAUUAGCUGAAAUUGGACUUCAAGAAGGAGAGAAGGUGGCAAUGUAUGAAGAAACUCGAUGGGAAUGGUUUUGUUCGAUUCAUGCUAUUUGGUCUCGUCGUAUGGUUGCGGCGACUGUGUACGCAAACCUGGGUGAUGAUGCUCUUGCCUAUGCGCUAAAGGAAACCCAUUGUAAAGCUGUCAUUUGCAAUGGAAGUAAUGUUUUAAAACUAAUUGGUGUAUUAAGGAAGAUGGGGAUCCUCGGCACUAUUAUUAUUUAUCUUGGCUCAAUUCCAGAGUCCACGGAUACUGCAGGUUAUACUCUGUAUGCUUGGACCGAUGUCCUGAAAAAAGGCGAGGACAGUAAGGUUUCAGUUGUAAAUCUUCCCAGUUCGGAGAACCGCGAUGAUCUUGCACUUAUUAUGUACACAAGCGGUACCACAGGGAAUCCGAAGGGUGUAAUGCACUCGCACGGAAGUAUAUCAGCGGGAUUUUCAGCCUUGGCUCAUCGCGUCCGGGACGUUCUUGGCGAACCAAAUGAAUUGGAAACGUAUUGUUCGUAUUUGCCACUUGCCCAUAUUAUGGAACUUGCUGUGUUGAGUAUCCUGUUUCUUCGUGGGUGUACCAUUUGUUUUGGAAGUCCACGGACACUGUCGAGUACCUUUGCAAAACCGCGAGGAGAUUUUGAGGAGUAUCGCCCCGUGCUUGUCGUUGGUGUUCCACGUAUCUUUGAUACGGUAAAAAAAGGGGUGGAGGCAAAGUUACCCCCACCGGGCUCCUUAAAACGUCGUGUCUUUGAUUGUGCCUACCAGUCCCGUCUUAAGGCGCUAAAGGAAGGAAAAGACACGCCUUACUAUAACGCCAAAGUCUUUUCGCAGGUACGCAAGGCAUUGGGAGGCCGUGUACGUGUGCUGCUCUCUGGUGGAGGGCCUAUGAACCCCUCUACACAAGAGUUUGUAAAUGUUGUAUUCGGCAUGAUUAUUCAAGGAUGGGGACUCACAGAAACAGUCUGCUGCGGUGGAAUUCAGCGUACGGGCAAUCUUGAAUACGUGAAUGUUGGUCCACCACUCAAUUCCCUGGAAAUAAGGCUACUUGACACAGAGGAGUACAAGCACACCGACAAACCGGAACCCCGUGGGGAAAUAUUGCUGCGUGGGCCAUUUCUUUUCAAGGGAUAUUAUAAGCAGGAGGAACAGACAAAGGAGGUCAUUGACAACGAUGGCUGGUUUCACACGGGUGAUGUGGGUGCCAUAGCACCCAAUGGAACGAUUAGCAUUGUGGGCCGUGUGAAGGCGCUGGCAAAGAAUUCCAACGGUGAAUACAUCGCGCUAGAGACUCUGGAGGCAACCUAUGGAGCAAACGGCCUUGUUACCAACAAUGGUGUGUGUGUGCUGGUGCAUCCCAACCGUAGUUAUACGGUUGCUUUGGGGAUCACCACUAAAGAUCUUGUAAUGAAAUUUGCAAAGGAAAACAAAAUUCCUGGCAGCUUUCCCGCCAUUCUUGAAAACAAAGAGUUUCGCCAGAAGGCGACAGAAUCGUUUCAGGCGACUGCACGAGCGGCCGGUCGCAGGAGCUUCGAGAUAGUCCGCCAUGUGAGACUGUUGGCAGAGGAAUGGACCCCCGAAAACGAUGUCUUGACGGCAGCCAUGAAGUUGAAGCGACGCGUCAUUGACGAGCGCUACAAGGAAUUAAUUAAGGAAUUGUUUACCGAGGAUCUUUAG